AUGGGAGAUUCAGUACCUCUAAAACUAGCACUGCCAGAGCUGAAGUAUCCUAUUGGUUCACAGCCAAAGGAAAAGUCAGCAAUCAACCAAUAUUCCGGCUCAGAGUAUAUCUCUAUUGUCAAAAGCAUCCUAAAACCAGAUGAGAUGAUAAGAGUCCGAGGAUCAUUUCUGGGACCUAUAAUGAAGCUCAGUGAGAGAGGAUUGAAGUUAUCAGCAAAGAUAGUCUACGCCAUUCUCACUAGAAGCAUCGUUUAUGUCAAGGAGAAUGAAGCCUGGUUCCAUUUCGGUGCGCAGCCAAUGAGAUGGAAGCCUAAGGACAAAAGACGUAGAACCAAGGUACCAUAUAGUCGUAUGUGGUAUCUACCUAUAGCUGAUAGGCUGAAGAGAAUGUAUCAGAGCAAGAAGACAGCAGCGGCAAUGAGAUGGCAUGCUGAGCACCGAUCAAAAGAGGGAGAAAUGUGUCAUCCAUCUGAUGCGGCAGAAUGGAAACAUUUUCAAGAGAUGCAUCCCCAGUUUGCCGAAGAACCUCGCAACGUUUAUCUUGGAUUAUGUACAGAUGGAUUCAAUCCAUUUGGGAUGUCUCGUAAUCAUUCGUUGUGGCCUGUGAUCUUAACUCCAUAUAAUCUACCCCCUGAUAUGUGCAUGAAUACAGAGUAUUUGUUUCUUACAAUUCUGAAUUCUGGGCCAAAUCAUCCACGAGCUAGUCUUGAUAUCUUCCUCAAACCUUUGAUUGCGGAGUUAAAAGAAUUGUGGUCAACUGGAGUCGAAGCAUAUGAUGUGUCUUUGAAUCAAAAUUUUAAUCUAAAAGCCGUGUUACUGUGGACGAUAAGCGACUUUCCGGCGUAUGGCAUGCUAUCAGGAUGGACGACCCAUGGUAAAUUGUCUUGUCCAAUUUGCAUGGAAGAUACAAAGGCUUUUUAUCUGACUAAUGGAAGGAAGACGUGUUGGUUUGAUUGUCACCGAAGAUUUCUUCCUCCUAAUCAUCCACUGAGAAAGAAUAGAAAGGAUUUCUUGAAGGGGAAAAACGCGGUAAAUGAAGAUCCACCUGAUUCUUUGACUGGUGAACAAGUUUAUUCAGAACGAUUAAAGGGUGUCAAUCCUCCAAAAACGUCUGUUUGCGGUGGAAACGGUCAUGAAAAGAAGAAGUCUGGUUAUGGGAAGUACCAUAACUGGCACAAGGAAAGCAUAUUUUGGGAGUUGUCAUACUGGAGGGACCUAAUUCUCCGACAUAAUCUUGAUGUGAUGCAUAUAGAGAAGAAUUUUUUUGACAACAUCAUGAAUACUCUUAUGAAUGUUAAGGGUAAAUCAAAAGACACAAUCAAUUCAAGAUUGGAUAUGGAAAUAUUUUGUGAUCGGCCACACUUACAUCUUGAUGGUUCUGGUCAAGCUCCAUUUCCUCCCUACACACUAAACGAAGACGAAAGGAGAAGUUUAUUGGAAUGCGUGAAACAUGCGGUUAAAUUCCCAGAUGGAUAUGCUUCAAACUUAGCUAAUUGUGUUGAUAUAGAAAACAACAAAUUUUCUGGCAUGAAGAGUCAUGACUGCCAUGUUUUUAUGGAGCGGCUACUUCCAUUUAUCUUUUCAGAACUCCUUGACCAGAAUGUUCAUCUUGCGUUAUCAGCAAAAGCCAAGAACAAAAGAUUUGCGGCCGGCUCGAUUGUCGAAUCAUAUAUCAACGAGGAGAUAGCUUACUUCUCAGAACACUACUUUUCUGAUCAUAUACAAACCAAAUCAAGGUUCACAAGAUUUGAUGAAGGUGAAGUCCCCGUAUAUCAUGUUCCUGGAGUACCUGAUAUAUUUACGCACGUAGGACGUCCAAGUGGAGAAAUGCAAGAAAUAUGGCUUUCCGAGAAAGACUAUAGAUGCGCACAUGCAUAUGUUUUACGCAAUUGUGAUUAUUUUCAGCCACUUGAGAGGAUGUUUGAAGAUUUUCUUAGUGCAAAAUAUCCAGACCUCUCCAAAAAAGACCUCUCUGCGAAGAGAGCUGACGAAUAUCAUAUAUGGGUGAAAGAUUAUAAGCAUGGCGAGGGAAGAAAGACAUGUAACUAUGGUGUGAGUGUUAAAGGAGAAAGUUACACAAAUGCAUCCGAUGAAGCCAAUUACUACGGGAUAUUGACUGAUAUCAUACAAAUUCAGUAUGAGGGAUCGGUCAAUUUGAAAGUCACACUUUUUAAGUGUAAGUGGUAUGAUCCGGUAAUUGGUAGAGGCACUCGACGGAGAAAUGGAGGCAUCGUCGACGUUCUUUCAUCGCGGAAAUACUAUAAAUACGAACCAUUUAUUCUAGCGUCUCAAGCAGAUCAAGUUUGUUAUAUCCCGUAUCCGUACGUUAAGAAACCAAAGCAGUCGUGGCUCAAUGUUUUAAAAGUGAAUCCAAGGAGAAUCAUUUCAGGAGAAUAUGAAGAUAAAGAACCGACACUGUUGCAACAAGAAAAUGAUGAUGCUGUUUUAAUGACUACAAUUGAAGAACUUGCAGUCGACCAUUUGGUUCAUGCUCGGGUACAACCUAUAAAUCUUGAUAUUGAUGUGGAAGAUGUUGAACCAGAGGAUGAAUUCCAAUGUAAUGUAUCAUCGUCUUCUUCUGAUGAUGGAGAUGGAGAAGAACCCUAUUAA